AACAACGAAACUGUUGACUUGGAGAAUAUUCCGAUUGAAGAAGUUUUUGAAAAGCUAAAAUGUACAAAAGAAGGUCUAAACUCAGAUGAGGUUCAAGCGCGACUAGAGCUUUUUGGGUAUAACAAACUGGAAGAGAAAAAGGAAAGUAAAAUACUCAAAUUUUUGGGCUUUAUGUGGAAUCCUCUGUCAUGGGUUAUGGAAGCAGCUGCAAUUAUGGCCAUCGCUCUUGCUCAUGGAGGGCACAAGGGUACAGAUUAUCAUGAUUUCCUUGGCAUCACGGCUUUGCUGAUUAUCAAUUCAACCAUCAGUUUUAUAGAGGAAAAUAAUGCUGGAAAUGCUGCUGCAGCGCUUAUGGCUCGGCUGGCUCCAAAGGCUAAGGUUUUACGCGAUGGAAGUUGGAGCGAGGAAGAUGCUUCUGUGUUGGUCCCUGGAGACAUUGUCAGUAUCAAACUAGGAGACAUUAUUCCUGCUGAUGCCCGUUUGCUUGAAGGAGAUCCUCUGAAAAUUGAUCAGUCGGCUCUUACAGGAGAGUCACUCCCAGUAACAAAAGGUCCUGGUGAUGGAGUUUAUUCUGGCUCAACAUGUAAGCAAGGUGAAAUUGAAGCAGUUGUCAUUGCAACUGGAGUACAUACUUUCUUUGGGAAGGCAGCUCAUCUGGUGGAAAAUACAACACAUGUUGGGCACUUUCAGAAGGUCUUGACUUCAAUUGGAAACUUCUGCAUUUGCUCCAUUGCUUUUGGGAUGGUUAUUGAAAUCGUAGUCAUUUAUGGGCUUCAGCAAAGGCCUUACAGAAUUGGUAUAGACAACCUUCUUGUGAUACUUAUUGGUGGUAUCCCAAUUGCUAUGCCAACAGUGCUUUCUGUCACGAUGGCAAUUGGUUCUCAUCGUUUAUCUCAGCAGGGUGCCAUAACAAAAAGAAUGACAGCUAUUGAGGAAAUGGCUGGGAUGGAUGUGCUUUGCAGUGAUAAAACUGGCACUUUAACUCUCAACAAACUUACGGUGGACAAAAAUUUGGUAGAGGUUUUUGCUGAUGGUGUUGAGAAGGAUAUGGUUGUUUUGAUGGCUGCUAGAGCCUCAAGGUUGGAGAAUCAAGAUGCCAUUGACGCUGCAAUUGUUUCAAUGCUGGCUGAUCCUAAAGAGGCUCGAGCUGAUAUUACUGAAGUUCACUUCCUUCCCUUCAAUCCAACUGAUAAGAGGACUGCACUCACAUACAUUGACAAAGCCGGUAAAAUGCAUAGAGUGAGCAAAGGUGCACCAGAACAGAUUCUUAAUCUGGCAUGGAACAAAGCAGAUAUUGAAAAAAGGGUCCAUUCAAUAAUUGAUAAAUUUGCUGAGCGUGGUCUUCGAUCCCUAGCAGUUGCCCAGCAGGAAGUACCUGCUGGUACCAAAGACAGUCCUGGCGGGCCUUGGGAAUUCGUCGGUCUUCUUCCUCUCUUUGAUCCUCCACGUCAUGACAGUGCUGAAACCAUUAGGAGAGCUUUAGAUCUGGGUGUUAGUGUUAAGAUGAUUACAGGUGACCAACUGGCCAUUGGUAAGGAAACAGGGAGACGUCUUGGAAUGGGCACAAACAUGUAUCCUUCAUCGGCUCUGCUUGGUGAAACUAAGGAUGAGGCAAUUCAAGGUUUACCAGUUGAUGAACUCAUCGAAAAAGCUGAUGGAUUCGCUGGCGUCUUUCCUGAGCAUAAGUUCGAGAUUGUGAAACGGCUACAAGCUAAAAAACACAUAGUUGGAAUGACUGGUGACGGAGUCAAUGAUGCACCUGCAUUGAAGAUAGCAGACAUAGGCAUUGCUGUGGCAGAUUCAACCGAUGCUGCUCGAAGUGCUUCAGAUAUAGUUCUGACAGAACCUGGGCUGAGUGUAAUCAUUAGUGCUGUUUUAACAAGCCGUGCUAUUUUUCAGAGAAUGAAGAAUUACACUAUCUAUGCAGUAUCUAUCACAAUUCGUAUAGUGCUGGGAUUUAUGAUGCUCACUUGUUUCUGGAAGUUUGAUUUCCCACCUUUCAUGGUACUAAUCAUCGCUAUCCUAAAUGAUGGUACCAUUAUGACAAUAUCAAAAGACAGGGUUAAGGCAUCACCAGUUCCUGACAGUUGGAAGCUCAGUGAAAUUUUUGCAACUGGUAUUGUCAUAGGAUGUUACCUCGCCCUAAUGACUGUUGUAUUCUUCUGGGCAGCCUAUGAAACCGAUUUCUUUGCGAAUCAUUUCUAUGUCAGAAACUUAAACAAAAAUCAAUAUGAUAAACAUGAUCAUGUUGCCCUGGAUAAACUAAUUGCACCGCUAGCAUCCGCUGUCUACCUCCAAGUUAGCACCAUCAGCCAGGCACUAAUAUUUGUGACUCGCUCUAGAGGAUGGUCAUUUACUGAAAGACCUGGACUUCUUCUGGUUGCUGCUUUCAUCAUUGCUCAACUUGUUGCAACUGUAAUAUCAGCCACGGUAACAUGGGACGUUGCAGGAAUCGAAAAGAUUGGUUGGGGCUGGACUGGUGUUAUUUGGUUAUAUAACGUUUUGACUUACAUGCUGCUUGACCCUAUCAAAUUUGGUGUUCGAUAUGCACUCAGUGGUAGAGCUUGGGGUCUGGUGUAUGACAAUAGAACUGCAUUAACAACCCAAAAGGCCUUUGGUAAGGAAGCACGCGAGGCUGCUUGGGCAACUGAACACAGAACUCUCAAUGGCCUACAGUCUACAGAGGCAAAGAAUUUCACCGAAAAACACACUUUCAGAGACAUUAACAUCAUGGCUGAAGAAGCCAGAAGACGCGCAGAGAUUGCAAGACUUAGGGAGCUUCAUACUCUGAAAGGCAAGGUCGAGUCCUUCGCAAAGUUAAGAGGAUUAGAUAUCGAUCAUGUCAAUCCCCAUUACACAGUCUGA